AAUUCUGUCAAUUUUUCGAACUGUAUCAAAAACAGUGAUAUUAAAAACUUAAAACUGAAACUGAAUGGACGUAAUUUACAACACUUAUUGAUCUUAAUAAAUGACUGACGCAAAGUUGAAUGGAAUCAGCGAUGAAGAAAAGAAAUUUCGUGUCAGAGCGGGUAUUUUUCUUGCUUCGGUAGCUGGAGUAGCAGCUAUUGCCGGAUUUGGCAAGACACUAGCAGCCUCGAAACGACAGGAACAAGUUUUGGUAGAGAAAGGUGUAAUCGAAAAUGUACGACUAUUGGACGCAGGAUCUAGUCUGGCAAUGCGAGCCCUUGGAUGGGGUACUUUGUGUGCAGUUGUAGGAACAUUCACAUUCAGUUACGGCGUUUGGAAGCUGUCAGGAGCAACAAAUAUGAAAGAAUUUCGCCUUAAAAUGGGAUCCUUACUACCGAAAUUAUCCAAAGAUGGACCUCCCACUAGUCGAACAGAAUUCGAGGGAUUGAGAGAUUUGAUGGAGUAUAUAUCGACGUGGAAAACGGAGAAGUGAAUGCAUAAGUAAGGUAGUCAUUUGUUAAUUUAUUUGAAUUUGAAAAUUUUAUUAAAAAUUUCGAUAUAAAAGAAA